UUCUUUCUACCUUUGUCUCUUUCUCUCUCUCUCUCUCUCUUUCUCUUAUAUUUUUCUCUCUUUUUUCUCUAUCUCUUUCUCUCCGUAUCUGUCUAUCUCUAUUCUAUUCAUUCUCAUUUAUCGUUUUUGGAAAUGACUCGAUCGGAUAUGAACGUCGACCGCGGUAUUAGCAACAGGAGGUCCCUAGUCAGCGUUGGAAAAUAUCAAAUGAUUCGUGUUCUUGGAAAAGGGAAUUUCGCACGUGUGGAAGAAGCUAUUCACACAAUUUUAAGGACCAAGGUGGCAGUGAAGAUAAUCGAUACCCAACAUGGCCGGCAAGAUUACGUAAUGAAGAAUUUAACUCGUGAGGCUAAGCUAUUAUCGAUGUUGCAACAUCCGAGUAUCGUUAGACUCUACGAAACGAUUCAGUACGGAUCUGUGUACUACCUCGUGAUGGAACUUGCAACCGGUGGCGACCUGUGCACCCAUAUUAAGCAACAACCAAGCGGCAUGCUCGAUGAGAUGACCGCCAAGCUCUACACCAGACAGCUGGUCGGUGCGUUGAAACACAUGCACUCCAGGGGAAUCGUUCAUCGCGAUUUAAAGAUGGAAAAUAUAAUGCUACAAGAUACGCGGAAAGAUCAAAUCAAGAUAGUUGAUUUUGGAUUGAGUAAUAUCUACGAUAGCGAGGAUCCUUUGAAAACUCAUUGUGGCUCACCUGAAUAUGCAGCACCAGAACUUUUUGUCGUUGGUAAAAAAUACGGACCCGAGGUCGAUCUUUGGAGUCUUGGUGUCGUCUUAUACGGAAUGAUGACCGGUCGGCUGCCCUUUUUAAGUCCUUGCGACGAACAGACGUCAUCGGAAGAACGUCGGCGAAGGUUAAUGGCUCAAAUAAACCGGGGUGUAACGGCCCUACAAAUGAAAAACAUGUCGAGGAUGUCGAAUGAUUGCAAGAAUCUGAUUAACAGAUUGCUUACGCCCGUUCCACAUAAAAGGAUCACGAUCCAGGAACUUUGCCAUCAUCCUUGGAUCGUUUGCAAACUUAGGAAUGUAUCAAGAAUUGCAAGUGAGGCUGAUUUGGACGUGAACGAUCAAAAGACGAUAAUCGCUGAGAUAUCCAAGAUGACUCACCUGGAUCGGAAUACGAUCGAGAUGGAAAUUAUUCGACGAAAGUACGGCGAAAUAGGCGGCAUGUAUAAUAUCAAAUCACACAAGGCACGUCAAGCUGCUGCUAUGUACGCACGUCACACAGGAUCAUUCUCAUUGCUCAGAUAUAUACCGUCGCAGUAUAUGAAACAAUCGUAUUCGACGACUACGUCGAUGAGAACAGCAACAAUCGGUGGGACAACGACGACCUACAAAAUACCAUCGAGAUAUUCACCUUAUACAAAGUCCGAGGAGAAAUCGUCGACUGGAUAUGUUUGUGCAAUAAAUCCGUUCAAAGAGAAUAAAAAAUGUUGGGACAAUAAAAGCGUGUCGUUCGGUGAUGUUAAAAAUUCUACGAAACUUCAGAAAUAUUCGAAUACGUCCUGUACGACUUGCAAAAAUGUUUUUUUACCAUUGUCGAAUCCACAACAACCGCAAGUUUUUAAGAAGAAUGAAUUCGUUGAACACGCGAUACCAAUGCACAACAAGUACUCCGACAAAAGUAAUGAACAGAAGCAAACGAGCAGAUUGGCCGUUCGUCAAACGAAUAUCCGUUUAUUGCCUACCUCUUCAAGAAUUUCUUUUUCUCAAGCAUCUUCCAGUUCUCCUCAAUCCGACGUAGUACAUCGUAAUCCUAUCAAGAGAUGGUCUGAAAUACGUGAGAAGAGAGAAACGAUUCGACAACAAAGACGUUCGACACAUUCCGUAACUCAAACCGAUACGAACACGAUCUCAUCAACGUCCUCGGUAAACAGAACUCGACCGCGUACUUCAGAAUCCAACGUCAUAAAUCGUAAUGCAAUUAAUCGUUGCAAAUUUACAAUGGAAAAAUUAGAGUCCCAAAGGGAAGUCGAUAAAAUUGUAACUUCGGUGCCAAUAUUUGUUAAGAAAAAGAUAAUAUCUGCUUACGAUACAAUAGCACCGAAAUAUCUUUUGCGCAAUAAUUCUUCGAAUAAAAGUGCAUCCAAGUUAAAUGACAAAGUAAGAUAACUGAAGGAUGAACAAUAGAAUUAUUAUAACGCGAGCUCGGAUAUUUUUUUCGUUCCUUUUGAUUAAGAAAAAAAAAAAAAAAACAAAAAGAAAAAAAAACAAAAAAAAAAGAACAUCGAUUUAAUUAGAAAAUUAAAAGUUGUUUAUGAGUCUUUUAAUAAAGUUCUAAAAUAUUUUACAUAUUAUGUAUUUCGAGACAAUUUUAGGACAAACAAUAAAAUGAUCUCUUUUUUUUUCCUCUUUUUUCUUUUUUUCUCGAAAAAUUAAACACAAAUCAUAUUUUAUUGU